CAGUUUUCCGACCUUUUUGCGGCCUCUACUGCCGUAUUUCCUGGGGCUCCAGUGUCUGGGCGGAUUGUAUCUGUUCGGGGUGGCCGCGUUGCUGUCUGUUGGAGGAGUGGGAAUUGGUGGCCGCGGCCUUGGGGCUGGGAUGAACCGCACUCUCGGUGGAGGCCGGGGAGCCAAGCCAGAGCCAUGGCAAGUACAGUGGUAGCAGUUGGACUGACCAUUGCUGCUGCAGGAUUUGCAGGCCGUUACGUUUUGCAAGCCAUGAAACAUAUGGAGCCUCAAGUAAAACAAGUUUUUCAGAGUCUACCAAAAUCUGCCUUCAGUGGUGGCUAUUAUAGAGGUGGGUUUGAACCCAAAAUGACAAAACGAGAAGCAGCAUUAAUACUAGGCAUAAGUCCUACUGCCAAUAAAGGAAAAAUAAGAGAUGCUCACCGACGAAUUAUGCUUUUAAAUCACCCAGACAAGGGAGGAUCUCCUUAUAUAGCAGCCAAAAUCAAUGAAGCUAAAGAUUUACUAGAAGGUCAAGCUAAAAAAUGAAGUAAAUGUGUGAUGAAUUUUAAGUUCUUGUUAGUUUAUGUAUAUGAGUGUUAGCUUUUUAUAAUAAAAUGCCUCAAAGGUACAAAUUUUAAAAAUGAUUUAGUACAAACUAAACCAAAGGACUGGUAGAAGUUUUUUCUUUGAAUGUAAGAAUUUUAAAUCACAUAUAGAAUAUUUGGAUUUAACAUUCAGUUAUUAUAGAUACCAUUUGAAUAGAAAUAGACCUUCUCUGGCUUUGAAGGAGCCCCCAAUCUAAUGAUACACUGAAAAAUUGGUAAUUAAAAUACAGUGAUCCUAUGAAGGAAUGUACAGAGGUUGUUAUAGGAGGGAUUCAUAUUAUUGGGAGAAACGGCUGCUCAAAGUUCAGAAAAUCAACCCCACUGCUUUGGAACCUUAAAUUUAAGAGCGAGUUUAGCCACAGCUUUGACGUUAAGAAAUAUAACUAUAUCCCUAAUAUAAUUGACAGAACUUAGAUUUAAUACAGUAAAAACUGUUAACAGUGUAAAAUUAGCAGAGGCCUUGUUUCUAAUCAAGAAGUAUUUACAUUGAACUAGCCACUUAAACUGAAAGUUUAUAUAUUAUUGAGGGUUUUUUAAUGUACGUUGUUGCAUUUGUUAUCAAGCUUAAACAUAAUUAGCAAAACUAAAAACUGAUAUGCUCUCAUUUAUGGUAAAUAUUCAGCAUGGACUAUUGAAUUUAUUAAGUCAUAAAUGUUAUUUAAAUAACAUUUACGGUAAGUGGCUGAGACUAUUGGUCUAACAUAAAAUACAGAAGGAUCUGAACCAGAGGACAUGUGAAGACAUCUGAAGUAGAAGUCUGUGGCCUGUAGCAGGAAUAUUAUCAUUAGCUCUAAGAUGGUCAGUCAUACUACAUAUCAUCUGAACUUUAGCAUCUUAAGAGUUCUUAGUAAUGGAAAAUCCAGGACUCUCAAGGUCAGUUAAGAUUAGUUUGGUGUUGGAAUGUGUUUACUGGCACUUCAGAUUUGGGCACUUCAGAUCUGUUCUUUAGUUUUCCACCAUUUCCUUAAAAUCUGAUUAAGUCUACUUGUUAUGAUUUAGAGCAGGAGAAAGCACCAGCUUAACACAGCCAUAGCUUUUAUGUAGAAUAAAUCUUUCUAGUUAUUACUAGGGAUAAGGGAUAUGAAGGUACACUAUUACUCAAAAUAGUAAUGUCUUACGAAGUUAACUGAGAACACUGAAAUGAGCAAAUACUGAACCAUGUGUUCAUAGGGGAAAUAAAGGUUACUCUGAAUCUCUGGGUCAUGUUUUUAUCAGCCAGUCAAUAUUUAACUUUGUCUGUCUUUACUUAGAAAGACACCUUAUGUUGAUUCAUUUAACGUUAAACUUAGAGCCAGCACUAACUCCUGUCAUUACAUCACAGCCUUCUGGUGUUUAGGAAGAUUAGGCAACAUUUCACUAAGCUUGAAGGCCAUCUUAAAUAGGAAAAUCACUAAUAAGCACAAAAAUGUGAAAAAAACAGCGUUAACUGGACCACAGAAGGGAUGUUUAUCUACAGUAUGGUAAAAUAAGGCAAGCAUAACUAUGGGCAUUGGGGGAUUUAAAAUUUUCACCACUCUGCAUGUCCACAAAUGAGCAGGAAAGUACCUUGAUUACUUAUUUUGGGAUUACAAAUUUUAGCAAACAGAUGAAUUUGCAAGUAAGAUUAUCUGCUAAUGAUGAGGCUCUAUUUUGUCUUACUAACUUUUGUUUCAGUCUUUUGGACUAAUCAAAUUUCUUUAAGAAGAGAUACUAAAAGUUAAAAGCAAUUUCUUAGACAAAUAGAACUAUGGGCUAAUAUACCCAGAGGCAAUGAAGUAUUAACCCUAAAAGGGAAAACAUCAUGUAGUGGGUAUAUUUUCAGGUGUUUAGUGCAAAUAGCAGACCUGUUUUAAAGCAACUAUUAAGACAAUGAAAAAUACUUCAAAAUAACACUGAUAACACAAAAUAACACAAUAGAGCACAUUUUUCUGUCAUAGUAAAGUUUUAUUUCUUCGAGGCUUACCUUUAAGUAGAAGAAUCCACAGUUCAUUGUAGAUUAUGAGCCAGACCUACCAUUUUUCUUGGGAAAAAAGUCACCUGUGUGAGGGGUCUAGAACAUAGUGGGUAACUGGUUCAAGUAUGAUCUGUGUGAGAGAGCCUUCAUCUUUAAUGUUUUUUUUUUUUUAAACAAAAUACUUGAUUCGUAAUGUUAUUGACUACUUACAGUGUACUAGCAUUGUGCUAUAAGCAAACAUUUAAGUAUGUUGUACAAGUAAGGAAACAAUAUUGUGAAGUUAAGUAAUGCUGAUCUUUCUCAAACCUAAAGUCGUGUUGUUAACCUGCACUGUGAUACCUGUCACAAACUUGGUAACCAGGAAUGUAUCCCUUGGUGGUAAUGAAAUUUGAGUCUGAGAGCUGUCAUUA